ACGUAUACGACAACCUGCCCAAAUUCCAAUCCAUGAAUAUGGGAGAUGUGCCAAUCUCCGUCCAUGAGUACUACAUGUAAUCAAUGAAUAAAUUCCCCCUUCACUCCCAUGGGUUGGGUUCUUCUACGAAAAAACAAAAAAACCCCGACCCCACCAUUCUUUCCCUUCGUAUUAGAAAACCCCAAACUCUUCUUCCCUUCCUCCAAAAGCUCCUGGUCUCCCAUGGUUAAAACCCCCAGCUCCCUUCUUAAAUGAAAACCUUGCUCUCUUUAUCUGUUUAUCUUCCGGUUGUUGAAAACCCAAUCAAGGACGAUUGCAGCAGUGGGAGGGCGAUUACAGUGGCAGGAGGGCGGCAUCUCCCUUCUUCUUCUUCUUCUUCUUCUCCUUUUCCGUGAGAGACUUUUUAUUGUGACUAUCAAAUCCUACAAUCUCAAAGCCUGAAGGAAGGAUUUCUGCUUCUCCAUUAGAAAAAAAAAUAAAAAAUGCAUCCCUCUAGAGGGGGUAAUACAUACGAGCAGCAAUCAUAUGCGGCACAACGGGCAUAUGGGCAAAAUUCUGGACCUCCUUAUUCUGGAAGUUCAGUUUUAGGCCCUGAUGGAGGGUCUCAACUUUCCAUUCCUUCUCGGCAUUUGUCUAUGCUUGGUGCUUCUCAAGAAGCAGAUGUUGCUGGAUAUAGAGCCCAUCCUUCAGCUGCUGCUCACUAUGGGGGACAAUAUGGGGCUGUUUAUGGCUCAUCUGCUUUGAGUAGUGCUCAACAGGUUGCAACAAUGAGUGGCAAAGUUGCUGGUUCAUCUGGCCUUCAAGGUCGUGGUGGUUAUGGCUCAGCUAUGCUAGAGUCCCCUAAGUUUGCAUCUGGUGACUUUGUUCCAUUGUCAAGCCAUGGGUAUGGUCACAAAGGUGAUCAAUUCUCGUCAGGGAAGGUAGCUGAUUAUUCUUCACUGGACAGACGACAGUAUGUUGACCAUCAAAGUGCUUAUAUUGGGAGGGAGUUGCAAAGUGAGUCAAGUAGACGGUUCACUGAUCCUGUUGGUCUUGGUCUUGGUCAGCCUGAGAUUUACGAUGACAUUGAUCAGGCAUCAUUGCUGCGACAACAACAAUUGCUGAAAGCUCAGUCUCUACAAUCUGCUCCUUUAGAUGGGGGUGCUAGAGCAAGUGAUUAUCUUGCAGCAAGGGGUGCUGCUAUUCGUCAUGCAACCCAAGAUCUUAGCUCCUAUGGUGGAAGAAUCGAUUCUGAUCCUCACAAUUUAUCAAUGCUAAAUGCUUCUUAUGAUGGGAAAAAUGCUCCAUCAAUCCUGGGGGCAGCUCCUCGGAGAAAUAUUGACGAUCUCAUGUAUGCACAAGGUUCUUCAAGUUCAGGUUAUGGAGUGAGCCUGCCUCCUGGUCGAGACUAUGCCACUGGAAAAGGACUUCGAGGAGCUUCGCCUGAGCCUGAUUAUCCAAGUAGUGUGUUGUCACUCGGUGGGCAUUCAAGCCUUGGAGGAUCCAGGAUUGAUGAAAGAAAGGAUGACAGGAUUGGGCUUCGUCGGGAGCUUGAGAUAAGGGAGGAGGAGCGUCGUAGGGAGCACAUGCGAGAGAGAGAGAAAGAGCGAGAAAGGGAGAAGGAGCGGGAGCGGGAAAGAGAAAGAGUACGUGAAAGGGAACGCCUCCUGGAGCGCCGGGAGAAGGAGAGAGAAAGAGAACGCAAACGUGUGCUUCAACUUAGGCGUGAACGGACUCCACCAAGGAUCAUUAGGGACCGACAUGGUUCCUCACUGUUGAGGGAUGUGAGACCUUCACGACGAGAUUCUCCCCGUCAUGAGGCUUUGCAUAGGCAUCAUACACCUGUUAAAGAAAAAAGGAGAGAAUAUGUCUGCAAGGCUUAUCCAUUCUGCUUGGUGGAUGUUGAAAGGGAUUAUUUGUCCAUAAGUAAGCGAUAUCCAAAAUUGUCAAUUUCUCCAGAAUUCUCCAAGGUUGUGGUUUACUGGCCAAAAGAGAAACUGAAACUUUCUUUACAUGCUCCUGUCAGCUUUGUGCAUGAUCUUGUUGAAGAAGAGAGCAGAGGUGAGCGGCUGGAGUCUUCCACUGAACCAUUGGUUGAAGAAUCGAGGAAGUCAAACUGUGGAAAUAUAGUGUGGAAUGCCAAGGUGGUUCUGAUGAGCGGUAUCAGUAAAGAUGCCUUGGAGGAACUAUCUUCUGAUAAAAUUUCUGAUGACCGUAUACCACAUUUAAAUAACAUCUUGAGGUUUGCCAUUCUCAGACAAGACCGUUCCUUUAUGGCAAUUGGAGGCCCUUGGGAUGUUCUUGACGGUGAGGACCCAUCGGUUGAUGAGUCAUCCUUGAUUCAGACGGCUCUUAGAUGUGCAAAGGGAUUAACCCAACUUGAUUUACAUAACUGUCAUCGUUGGAAUCGUUUCCUUGAGGUUGAUUUGGUCGGAGGAUACUACGAUGCCAGCGACCAUGUCAAGUUUGGGCUUCCAAUGGCCUUCACUGUAACAAUGCUUUCAUGGGGCGCCAUCGAAUACGGCGAACAGAUCGCCGCAAUGGGAGAGUACAAGCACGCACUCGAGGCAAUCAAGUGGGGCUGCCACCGCCGGUGCUCGAUCUGGGAGAAAGGUACAGUAAAUCCCAAUUGUUUCCUCUGCAACGCCGAAUCCAUCUUCGUCGAUUCCUGUAAUCCUUCAUUGCCAGAUGAUGAAGAGCUUCAAUUUGGGCAAAUUUAUUUCCUAUUACCAGUCACAAGGCAACACAUACCUGCUUCCCUCACCGAUUUGUGUGUUCUUGCCAUUAGAGCUGCCACCGCUCUUCGUAAACAAGAUUUACAAAUGCAAGAAUCAUCAUCUCAAUUUUACGGUAGACGUGCUUUGAGUUUUCCGGCCAGGUCUCGAAAAGGUCGAAACAGCUCGGCAGCUGCCACUGUCGAUGCUCGAUCUGGGAGAAAGGUACAGUAA